CAGAGAGACUUCUUGACUUUCCUGUUUUCCACAAUUGCAUCAAACUAGAGAAGAUAACUACCGUCACCCAUAAUUAUCUGUCAAGAUCCACCUGCCAACACAGACCAAUCCCGCCAGCUGUAUACCAUGUCAUCCCGGUCAAAGUACAUGCCAGCACACAUCAGGGGCCAUAACCACUUCAGCUAUGGAGGAGCUGUCAUUCCUGAGAAUGUUUCUAUAACAGAGUAUUAUGAUCUUACAUCUCUCAAGAAGAGUAAUCUUCGCCGCAAUGACGAGCUUGUCCCCAAACCUUCAGAAAUUGAUCUCACGGAGAAGGUGAUAAAGGUCCCAGUUCAGAGGGAACAUCCAUAUGCUUCUCACAUCCCUCGCUCUGCCCUGUUCCCUUACUCCCGUUCCUCUGACUACGCAAGCACCAAUGCAGUCACGCUGCUCAACAAGACAAUUGGUUCUUCUUGCCGUCAAGAGGUAUUGCUGAAACAUACAGAGCCCAGGGUCUGGCCAGGACAGCAGGGAUUCUAUGAUAUUCCAAAGCAGAUGGCAGGCGUAAGGCAGGUGUUCUAUCCUGCUCCCCCAAAGAUAACGUGCCCUAACCCUUCUCUAAGUGCCAGAGAGACUGCACUGUCUGCACAGAACUUUCACAUGUUCCAAAACUGGGAGAGGAGCCGAUGUCAUACUGCCUACCAGAGGGAAUACUCAGGAAGUCGAUCCUUGACUAGAUUUGAUGAAAAGACAACAGACAUUACCACUGAGGAUGGAACACCCAGCACAGUGGAGAAGCGCCCCCUUGUGGCCUCCGGGUGUGUGGCAGAGAUGCGACCCAGCGUGCUUGAGCUGCAGGACUCCUACAGUAAGAGUGACAUGCGGCGUGACUUCUACAAGUCCACUAACGAAGCUAUGGUAGACCUGCGGGACAACAUGCGCAGAGGGAAACGACCGCGCUCCCACUAUUACUGUAAUCACACUGCUGUUCCACUGCCUGUGGCCUGAGCUUGUGACCGCAAGCCCCAUUCAGCCUCCCUAUCGUGUAAUGGCAAAUAAAAAUCCAAUGUGUUUGAAGGUA